AUUGAGGAGGAGGUAAUGGAACAAGGCGCGGAGACGCUGUAAGGGUGUGUUCGGUUGCUGUCAUGGGAUAGAAUGUCAUGGGUCCGACCCAUUCCAAAAGCCCAUUCCCGUGUUCAGUUAGCCGAAGGGCCCAGAACCCACCAGUCCCAGAAAACCGAAUAUUCGGUGAUUAUGCGGAACCGACGCAUACCUCCAAAUCGGCCGGACGACAGAGAACGAGCCCUCGAGCCCUCGUUCCCCUCGCACGCAGCCCCCCUCCCGCAUCUCAGCGCCGCCAACCUCCCACAUCUCUCCCUCUCUCGAUCUGCCACUCCUCCCUCUCCAGCGCCGAUUCCCUCUCCUCCCCGUCGUCUCUCCCCAGAUGGCGCACAUCUGCAGCUCGGCGGCGACCUAGGACCGGGUGGAGACCUACCUGGCAGCGGCAGGAGAGGAAGGAGCGGCCGGAGGUGUGCCUACAGAUCUGGAUUGGCGGCUAGCAACGAAGCCAAGAUGGUCAGCAAGAUGAACAAAAGAAAAAGGAUGGCUAGGGGAGCAGCUGUUUUUGUUGCACUAGCUGCAAUGGCAGUCAUUGUUCGGGCAAUUAUAAGGAAGAGGAGACCACGUAUUACCUAUGGCCCAAUGCAUGAAAGAGAUCGAAUCAGAUAUGACUUUCUAAACCAGAAAAUUUGGCAAAGCGAUGUGUUAUGCAAAAACAUGCUAAGGUUUGAAAGAGCAGCGUUCUUUCGCUUGUGUGGCAUAUUGAGGGAUCGCAACUUGCUAGAAGAUAGUCCACAUCUUAGUGUGGAGCAACAAUUGGCAAUGUUUUUGCAUACAAUUGGGCAUAACCUUCGGAAUAGGGUUGUUUCUGCCAAUUUUGGUAGAUCAUAUGGCACAACCAGCAUCUAUUUUAGAAAGGCUCUUCAUGCCAUAGGCGAGCUUCGUAAUGAUUAUAUAAGGCCACCAUCAUUGGAAACCCCCGCAAAAAUUGCAGGAAAUCAUCGAUUUGACCCAUAUUUUAAGGAUUGUAUUGGAGCUAUCGAUGGUACACAUGUGCGAGCAGGGGUUACCAAAGAUGUGGAGCCUUCUUUUCGUGGUAGGAAGGCCUUUACCACUCAAAAUGUGAUGGCAGCAGUAGAUUUUGACCUCCGCUUCACAUAUGUGUUGGCUGGUUGGGAAGGGUCCGCACACGACGCGACCGUCUUAGCUGAUGCAUUAACUCGUGAGAGAGGCUUACAAGUACCACCUGGAAAGUACUACCUAGUUGAUGCCGGUUAUGGAACCAAGCCUGGGUUCUUACCACCUUUUCGUGGCGUGAGGUAUCAUUUGAAUGAGUGGGGCAACAAUCCGGUCCAAAAUGACAAGGAGCUAUUCAACCUUAGGCACUCAUCUCUACGGGUGACGGUAGAGAGGGCUUUUGGAUCUCUCAAGAGGCGUUUCAAAAUUUUAGAUGAUGCCAAACCAUUCUUCACUUUCCCGGUCCAAGUUGACAUUGUUAUAGCUUGUUGUGUUCUUCAUAAUUAUGCACUAUCACAAGGGAUCGAUGAAUUCAUUAUACCGGAAGUGACAUGGACCACCCAACCAAUUCGAACAUCAAGGCAACAAUUAAGUGACAAUAGGGCCUUGGUAGACCAUAGGCUACAAAUUGCUGCCCAAAUGUGGGAAGAUAGGCAACUUAUGUAUGCCAAUUUAUGAGUGCAGUGCACUAUGUAUUUGUAAUGUUUAUGCAAC